CAAUUUAUAAUGAACAAUUUUCCUGAUAACCUUUUUUUUAAUUGAAAUAAUUUUUAAAAUUACUAUCGCUUCAAUUUAUAAAACUCGCGGUGAAUUUUUUUUGACAUUUAAAGCCACGUGGUGAAUAAUAAUUAGCCAAUCGUAAAUCAUGUAAAAUAAAAUUAUUUUUCUAGUGAAUUCCACUUCCUGUUUAAUGUUUACUUUGAUAUAAAUACUGCACAAAUAUACAUCAUAAAUAAAUAAAAUAUAUCACUGCAGUAUUGGAGUAUAAGAAAUUAAUUUAAAAAUUUAAUUUACUAUCAAAAAUUUACUGUCACUGCAAUAAAUGUUUUUUAUUAAAAGACAUUUGAAAUGGAUAAUUUUAGUCAGCAGGUUGAUGAGGUUGAAGCGCUGAGAGCCAUUUAUGGAGAGGACUGGCAGGUGGAGGAUGAAGAAAACAGAGCAUUCAGUAUGAAUGUCCAUGAGGGUGAUAAGAGUAUCAAACUUUAUGUUAAAUUGACAGCUGAUUACCCUUCAUCUGCUCCUCCUCACUACGAACUGUCUGCUCCGGAGCUGCGUUUGGAGCAGAAGAACCGCAUAUGUUCCCUGCUUCAAGAGGUAUACUUAUCGUUAGCUGGAGAGCCAGUUCUGUAUGCUUGGAUUGAAAGAAUUCGUGAAGAAUUACAGAAAGAUAAAUCUUGUACAGAGAAAUCGGUGAUAAAAGAUAAGAAAGUUGAUAAAUCUCGGGAUAAUUCAUCAAAUGUAAAUAUAGAGGAUGAAAAAUGCCCGGAGAUUUAUCAUGGGGAAGUGAUUGUUGACAGGAAAAGUUCAUUUCAAGGUCACGUUGCUCAAGUAUUUUCUACUCAUGACGUCAAAAUGGUCCUAAAAAAAUUGUAUAAAAUUAAAAAAAUAGAACAAGCUACACACAAUAUGUACGCGUACAGAAUUGUUACUGAUAACAAAAAUUUUGUCCAAGAUUGUGAAGACGACGGUGAGAAUCAAGCUGGCGGACGAUUAUUACAUUUACUGCAAAUAGUUGACGUUAAAAAUGUAAUUGUCGUUAUUUCGCGAUGGUACGGAGGAAUACAUUUAGGACCAGACAGAUUUCGGCAUAUAAAUAACGCAGCGAGACAAGUUUUGGAAGCUGCAAAUUUAAUAAGCAGGAAUAAAGAAAAAAAGUAAAAUAUGUACAUUUGUAAAUAACAAUUAAAUAUUUUUCAUAAAAAUUA